CUACCACUGGGCCACUUCUGCAUCUUCACCAUAGACAUACGCGAUGAAACAAACCAAAAACACGGAAUGAGCUCGACGGAAACCAGCGGCACCGACACAUUUUCGCCCUUUUAACGGACGCGCAUUUUUUCCACUCCGGUUUACCGAGUUGGUGGAGUUUAUUACACCGUUCGGGAUGGGUAAGGAGGUGAAUGGCGUCUCUCGGAGUCGCUUUGAGAUGUUCUCCAAUAAUGAUGAAGCUGUUAUUAACAAGAAGCUGCCAAAGGAGCUGUUAUUACGAAUUUUCUCAUUCCUGGAUGUAGUAACACUUUGCCGCUGUGCACAAGUUUCACGGUCAUGGAACCUGUUAGCUCUGGAUGGCAGUAACUGGCAGCGUAUUGACCUCUUUGACUUCCAGAGAGACAUUGAGGGCCGUGUGGUGGAGAACAUCUCAAAACGUUGUGGAGGCUUCCUGAGGAAGUUAAGUCUCAGAGGAUGCCUUGGCGUUGGAGACAGUGCACUCAGAACGUUUGCCCAAAAUUGCAGAAAUAUUGAGCUGCUCAGCCUCAAUGGUUGCACCAAGAUCACUGACAGUACAUGUAACAGCUUGAGUAAAUUUUGUCCCAAAUUGAAGCACUUGGAUCUUGCCUCGUGCACCUCAAUCACCAACCUGUCUCUCAAAGCACUGAGUGAAGGCUGUCCUUUACUAGAACAGUUGAACAUCUCAUGGUGUGAUCAAGUGACCAAAGACGGCAUACAAGCGCUUGUGAAAUGUUGUCCAGGACUCAAAGGACUUUUCCUCAAGGGCUGCACACAGUUGGAAGAUGAGGCGCUCAAACAUAUUGGCGCACAUUGUCCAGAGCUGGUCACACUUAAUUUGCAGACGUGUUCACAGAUCACAGAUGAAGGUCUUAUAACCAUCUGCCGCGGGGGCCAUCGGUUGCAGUCUUUGUGUGUGUCCGGCUGUGCAAACAUCACAGAUGCUAUUCUCAAUGCCUUGGGCCAAAACUGCCCUCGCCUCAGAAUAUUAGAGGUGGCACGCUGCUCUCAGCUUACAGAUGUAGGUUUUACAACAUUAGCACGGAACUGUCACGAGUUAGAAAAGAUGGAUUUGGAAGAGUGUGUACAGAUUACAGAUGGAACUCUCAUCCAGUUAUCUAUAAACUGCCCUCGACUGCAGGUUUUGAGUCUGUCUCACUGUGAGUUGAUCACUGAUGAUGGCAUCAGGCAGCUGGGCAGUGGACCAUGUGCUCAUGACAGACUGGAGGUGAUCGAGCUGGAUAACUGCCCGCUCAUCACAGACGCGUCGUUAGAACAUCUGAAAACAUGUCACAGCCUGGACCGCAUCGAACUCUACGACUGUCAACAGAUCACACGCGCUGGUAUUAAACGCUUGAGGACUCACUUACCCAACAUUAAAGUUCACGCCUACUUUGCACCCGUGACUCCGCCUCCAUCGGUAGGCGGGAGCCGCCAGAGAUUCUGUCGCUGCUGCAUCCUUCUAUGAUGUAAAAACAGACUGUGCAUCUUGACCUCUCACCCCCGAUCUACCUAGAGCACAUGUUGGUGGUCCCCGGUCAGAUCUGCUGGGAGGGACGGAGAGACACAUACUGUCAUUCUCUACAUCCUCUCACGAGCUUUAAUCAACACUACAGCCCCUUCAAUGGCUUUAUAUGAGACUCUGAUAGGGUAAUUAAAGUGGACAAUGUUGGGGAUUGUGCUACUUUGUUCAUUGAAACCAAUUUGAGGAACGGAGCAUGGGGUCUUUAUGAAUAUUAAAGCCACGCAAAAGGACGUCGUGGUUACAUAGCGACUAUUCCUCCCUGUUAUUGGAUAGAACAUCAAAAUUGGAUCCAAGAUAAAGGUAAAACCAGAAGACAAUAUCAUAAGGUAAACAGGUCUUGGAAGAUCAUGCCACUGAUCUUAUAUGCCCAUACACAAAAAUACAGUAACAGUGAUUGUUAACCUGUCAGCCCCCAAGGAACCCAACGUUGGAUAUGUAUGGACACACAUACACUACCAGUCAAAAGUUUGGACACCAAGUCAUUCUUUAUUAUUACUCUUUUCCACAUUUUAGAAUAAUGGUCAAGUCAUUAAAACAAUGGAAUAACACAAAUGGAAGUAUGGGAGUUAUGUAGUGACCAAAACAUCCCUAAACAUAAAAUGCUAUUUUAUAUUUGAGCUUCUUAAAAUAGUACUGGAGUUCCCAUGUGUGCUGGGCACUUGCUGGCUGCUUUUCCUUCACUAUCCGCUCCAACUCAUCCAUUUCAGUUUUUUUCCCCCCAUAUUAGUUUUGUAAGGAAAUUCAUUUACUUUAUAUAUGUCUUCAAAACUGAUUUCAAGCAUUGAAGUCUAAGCCUUUAGAUGAAAAGUAAACUCAUUUGUAAAUUCAUGAGAAACUUAAAGUGUGUAGCGUGUCCAGACCUUUUACUGGUAGUGUAUAAACAUUUCAUGCAUACACAAAGACUCUCUCUUUCUCUCUCUUUGCUUCACUCUCAGUGGCUUUGUUGAACUUAGAGCAGAGACUGAAUAUUUUUAAAGCAUGAUACUCUUCCAAGUUUUUCUUUUUUUAAUUAUCUGGAAGUCUCUUCGGAAGAGGUCAGGGCUACAGUUGGCCAGUGGAGACGUGGGGGUAGAUGUGUGGCUCCGGAUCUAGGCUGCUAAGACAAAGAUUGCAGGUUCAGUCUCCAUGUCUGUGUGACCCAAGAAAUGUGUUGCUAUUUCAAGAACAUGCCACUGAUACAUAUUUCACCCUGAAAUCAGUAUAAAUUAUAUUUUGCAUAAAGAAAAUAAAGCCUAUUUUUAGGACAAUACAAUUCAUUUUGCAUUUUGACAUAAAUAUAUAAUUCCCAUUUACUGUAUUGCAAAAAAAUAAAUAAAUAUUACAUUGUAAAGUACAUAAUCCAAAUGCUAUGUGUACUGCAUUUAUGAUAUUUAAAUAACUAAAUUAAAUUAUGUAAAAAAUAAUAAUAAUUUGGGCCAUAAAUAUUAAUGGUUCUAAAAAAGGCUUAAUUUUCUUUAUGCAAGAAAAAUAAAUUGUUAUUGAGAAUAUAUAAAGAAAGAAUGAUUUAAAAAUAAUAAUUUGGGCAAAUGUUUUUUUUUAUUAGUCCUAAAAUAGGCUUAAUUUUCUUUUUGCAAGAAAAUAAAAACAAGCAAAUUGUCAGGAUGAAUUAUGGUAAUGAGAAUAUUAAAAAAAAUUAUAUAUAUAUAAAAAAUUAUAAUAAUAAUUUUGAGCAAAAUCUUAAAGUGUAUUUUAUAUAUAUAUAUAUAUAUUAGAUUUUUGCGUGAAAUAUAAUCUGGACAUUUAUGUGAUUUUCAUGAAAUUUACACAUGCAUUUCGGUCAAGCACGUAAGAAACAACAGGCAACAGUGCACAGAAGGCGUUGUAAAUCACUUUUUGCAAAAGAUGCAUCAUGCAGCAAUUAAAGGGAGAAUACAGUUUCACCUCAACGUGUAUGAAAAUGUGUCUGUGUGUUAUAACAUAAAGAGAGCCGUAAUGUGUUUUAGGAACGUUUGUUUUCAUUCGAUCUUCAUCCCAACAGAUUGUUCUGCAUCCUUUAAAAGCAAAGCAUGCUACCCAGUCAACUGUUACAGUAGCAUGUAGGUUGGGUGAUGUCAGCUAAAGUGGGCCAUCAGGUCAAAUGGGCCAGAUGAGGUUGGGGUGUUAGUUCUUUAAGAUUCAAUAUCAUCACAGCAAACUAUUUUAAACAGGUGUAGUAAUGGUACUUGACAUGUUUUCAAGGAUUUCAUCGCUCUGAGUUUGAUAAGGUUCCUUAACAAACAAGUGCCACAUCUAAAAUUGAUAUUUUGAUUGUUCCUUUCAUUAAAACUACUCCAAUAAUAUUAAAACAAUUCAAAAUUACAUUUGGAUAUGUUAUAUAAGCAUUGUUUGAAUGCAGUAACCUCUAAUGUGCCCAAAUACACAUACCUACCUCACACACACACACACACACACACACACACACACACUCACUCACUCACUCACUCACAAACACCCAUUUUAAUACAACUUUUAUGAGUAAAAUACACAUUUACACAUGAAAAGAAAUGACUUUAUUACUAUAUAAAGUCUUUACAGAACAAUAUCGUUUUCUGGAUCACAAGUCCACAGACACACACUAGUAGCUUCACACAAAGUCUAAUGAGUUUUAGUAAGGGACAUUUCCUUUUAAAGUUACAUCCUUGUUAAUGUUAUAUAUUGUAAUGUAGAAUAAGAUAUAUACAGUGGUAUAUAUCUUACCUAUAUACAUAAGGUACGGUAUAUAUACCGUACCUUAUUCCAAAACCUACAGAUCCACCUCAAACUCCCCCACAAAACACAUUUUAACACAUUUAUUUGAAAUUCCAUAAUACAUUUCUUGUAAUACAAUGCUGAUAAUUAUAUUAUAAAUAAUUGUAAAUUAAUAAAAAAAAGAGCAUAUUUUGUUGUUUACAUGGAUGGUUUUGCUGUACUGUUGCGUUGGCCCAUUUCACCUGAAAAAAGCAAUGAUGAGACGGAGGGUGACUUGACAUUUAAAUAGCUUAAACUGUUGUUUUUUUGUUUCAUAUUUUGAACGUAAAAUAGAAGAGACCUGAAUUAACAAACAAAGAGCAGUCUGGGAAAAUGUGCAGAGGCGUUUUAAUGCUGCUGUAGGAGAUUUUCCAAAAAGCGGCCCACUUUUCCUGACAUCGCCCUACUUUACGACCUAAUAAACGCAAAUAAAUAUACUUCAUAAACUAUGGGCUGGCUCUGGAUUUAUGAGAGUAUGUGCAAGAUUAUAAAAACAAUCCAAACUGCUUGUUUUUCUUUGUUUUCGUCUUUUUGGUCAUUUCGUUUCCUCUUUAUUUUGAGUCGGUGACCAUACGAGGCCACUUGUGAAAAUGUUUGUGUCGCUUGUUUUGUGAAUUUCUGUAGGUAGGAGUUAGGUAAUGACUUUAUUGAAAUGAACGUCUGUUAUCUGUUCGCAUCUAAGUUGCAAUAAAACUAGCAUAUUUCAAUAGGGCUUGGAGGUGAGGUGGUGGCCUAUUACUGCCCUUUUUAUGGCAUAAACUGUAAGCUCCCUGUUUUAAUUAAAGGAAUAUUCCAGGUUCAGUACAAGUUAAGCUCAAUCAACAGCAUUUCUGGCACAAUGUUGAUACACCACAAAAAUGUAUUUCGACUCGUCCCUCCUUUUCUUUAAAAAAGCAAAAAUUGAGUUUACAGUGAGGCACUUACAAUGGAAGUCAAUGGGGGCCAACGUCAUAAACGUUGGGGGGGGUGUUUCAAAAUAGUGUUACUAUGAAUGCAAACUUUAAUACAGUGAAAAAGACACUAUUAGCAUAACAUAUUAUUUUGAAUGGCCAUGUAAAAUGAAGCAAUGUGAUAAUUUUACCUGCUCUCAAAAAGUAGUCUGUUAAUUUACCUGAUGAACUUUCACCUUUUGCUGACCCUUUAUGCAUCGCAGAGCUCAUGUGUGCUUCUAAAUUACUUGCACCUUUAUAGGAACUGACACAUAAGUGCCAGCUUUCCAUGUCAUACAUUCUGCUUCCUACGGAUCUCGACCUGGGCGAAAGCGUGGGUAUUUUUUGUGCAAAUCUUCGGUAUGGGGCAUUGUUUCCACUCUGCUGCCAUUUGCUGCUACUGUCAAGCAACUGUUUGAUGCCGAACACAACAGCAGUUUGCACGUUUGCGGAGAGAUUGGCAGCCAGGAAUUUUGCCAGUAGUUGCCGCAAGACCCUUAUAAUGAACAAAUUGGUGUGCCAGAAGGCGGGACUUACAAAUAGGGGUUAAAACAAUGCAAAUAUGCGCACACACACACACAAUGAAGUACCAGAUGCACAUCAAAUGCAACUAAAGCCCAAUCCCGGACAUCUCGCAAAUUUUGAAAUCCCGGCCGGACGCUUUUUUUAAGGUCCGAAAAAGAGGACCUAGUUAACCCUAGUUAAAAUUAUUUUGGUAUAAAAUUCACAUUUCUGCCUUUUUAACCCUCCAAAAAUUGGCCCCCAUUUACUUCCAUUGUAAGUGCCUCACUGUAAUCUUGAUUUUGGCUUUUUUUUUAAUAAAGAUAAGGAGGGAUGAUUUGAAAUAAUAUUUUGUGGUAAUCAACAUUAUGCCACAAAUGCUGUCGAUUGACGUUAACUUGUAUUGAUCCAGUAUAUUACUUUGGGUUUGGCAUGACCAGUUAUUUCUUUUGAAUGUCACGAUAUGUUGCUGCCAAACCUGUAAAUUAGAAGGGGGUGUCCACAUACUUUUGGCCAUAUUGUGUACUUGAUGAAGAGACAUUGCAAAUACAGUAAGUUGCUUUUACAUUAAUUUAUAUUCAGUUGCACCAGUACUCAAGUACUUGCACUUAAUAUCCACAUGCUUUAGACAACUGUGACAAUACAAGGUCUGGGGUUGCUUAUUGACUGCCAGUUUUGAAGGUAUUUUUUUUUCUCACACUUUAUAGAAGAAAGUAUUUCAGCAGAUCAAAAUCAUAUGCAAUCAAAAUAAAGUCGUAUUUUAUGUUUUCAUAUACUUAUUGCCUAUUGUUAGUAUGAUUAUGUAGAUGUCAUCAGGUGCUCUUUGUCUAUUUUUGGUGAUGUUUGUCAGGCUCUUUAUUUGUUUCUGGAUUUGUACGCAGCACAUAAAAUGCAUACUCUGUUUGCAAUCAGAGAUAGGUUUGUCCACUCAAGUGUUUUUGACCCUAACACAAUCAAUUUCAGAAGUGUGUGUGUGUGUGUGUGUGUGUGUGUGUGUGUGUGUGUGUGUGUGUGUGCAUGCAUGUUUGUUUGACACAGAUUAUUCUUGUCUGUUUGUAUGUUGUUUACAGGCGCUUAGUCUUUAAUGUCACAUCUGAGAUUCAUUUGUGUAUAUUUACGUUUCAGCUUUCUUUUCCAGUGUAUCUCACAGUUUGCCUGAUCAUUUAGUCACAUUUUUAGAGCGCAGUUUCAACCAACCAAGUUUCAUGACAAGUCGUAACAAUUAGUAGGAGAUUGCGAACCAAACAAACCAUGUAAUUACUAAUUAAUGUCUAACCCCUUACUCAAACCUUAAACCUAACCAUGUUUUUUAUUUUUAUAUAUUUUUUUUAUAUAAAGAAUAGUGGUAUCACACCUUGAAUCUAGAAUUGAUUCAGCCCUAUUGAUUAUAUUAAAGAGGACUAGAAACACUGACAUCAGUUCAUAGUCACAAUGUUUAUUUUUUGUCGCCUAUUAAAAGAUUUGUUCACCCAAAAUUGAAUUAUGUUGUCAUUUACUCACCUUCAUAUUGUUCCAAACCCGUAUGACUGUAAGAGACGUUUGGUGGAAUGUUAACCUCAGUCAACGUUCACUUUCAUUGUUUGGAAAAAACAUGCAAUAAACGUUAAUGGUGACUGAGGCUGUCAGUAGAAAGAGAUACAGGUUCUGAAAGACAUGAGGGUGAGUAAAUUAUUUUUUUAUUUUUGAGUGAACUAUCCCUUUAAGAAUCCAUUGUUGGGUCUAUGACAUUGCUUAUGACUAAUUAUGUCUCUCUCUCUGUUUCUCUUUCCAUGUUUGUCAUUCAUUCAUACAAACACCCCCCCCCCCCCAGUUUUAUGUGCAUUUGUUAUCAAUGACCGUGGAUAACUUGUGGAAGUUUUGGGGUCAAAAAUCAGAUUUCAGGAUACUCGAACACAUUUGCGAUCUGGGGUCAUGGUUUGCGUGUGCGAGACUGUAAAAAUUAGAGAUCAGGGCGCUGUGGACAUGAAGUCUGUUAGAGUUGGUCCUUGGGGAUUAAAACCUUCACAAAGACUGUACUUAUUUUAAUUAUUGUACUUUUGUUUUCUUUUUUUACAAUUAACCAAUAUAAAUGAAUAUGGCAGUAUGAAUAAAUAUAUAACUGUAUAUUAUUAAGAGCAGUGUGAUUUUUCUUUUCUGUAAAUGUUUCUGUACUAAAGUGUGUCCCUCAAAAAUUUUAAACAGUGAACCGGUGUAGUUGGGUUGACAUGGAGGUUCGAAGACAAUAAAAUUGUUGGUAAUUGAUUCUGCGCUGUUAAAAUCUAAUUAGUUGGAUUUUUAAGGCAACUGGUUUCCAUGAUUUUUCUAAAUAAACAUACUUAUU